UCUCCGCGUCGCCGUCGCCGCUCGCCGUUCCCCGCGUCCUCCCCGCAGGUCCCCGCGUUCCCUGCCGGUCCUCGCCGCGGCCAUGGCUCCCAAGGGCGGCGCCAAGCAGCAGUCGGAGGAGGACCUGCUCCUGCAGGACUUCAGCCGCAAUCUCUCGGCCAAGUCCUCGGCGCUUUUCUUCGGGAACGCCUUCAUCGUGUCGGGCUGGUCUGCCUGUGCAGACUGUGAAGGCAGUUCUGAUGGUACUUCAGAGGGUGGGGAGGGCGACGUAUUAUCACGUGUGUCACAUGUUACCCACAGUGCUGGAGUAGCCCAGAAGAGGGAGGAUGCAGUUUCCAAAGAAGUGACUCGAAAACUUUCCGAAGCUGACAACAGAAAGAUGUCUCGAAAGGAGAAAGAUGAGAGAAUCCUGUGGAAGAAGAACGAGGUUGCUGACUACGAAGCGACCACCUUUUCCAUCUUCUAUAACAACACUCUGUUCCUGGUCCUGGUCAUCGUGGCCUCCUUCUUCAUCCUGAAGAACUUCAACCCCACAGUGAACUACAUCUUGUCCAUCAGUGCUUCCUCAGGACUCAUCGCCCUCCUGUCGACCGGCUCCAAGUAGACCGCCAGCCACGCCCUGGCUCAUGUCCCUGGGUGGUCCGGUGUGCCAGCAGCCUGGGGUCUGGGCAGGAGGCACACAAGAUGUUUUUAUGGUGUGCAGUUGGGAGGCUUAAAAACACAGCAGAAUGUAAUUGAGUAUUUGUUUAUUGGCUCUCUUGACAGACUGUUGAAAUUAAAUGAAUUGAAAGGGAAACAGAGUAUCAGGACAUUUAUUAAAGGCAAGAAGUCUUGCAAUAUGCCAUAAUCACCA